AAAAAGUAAUACUAGAGAAUAAAAAUACAUGGGAAAUCAAAAUAUCUAAAAGCUCAUUAAUGUAUAAAAGCAAUAUACAAAAAACUUUAAAAGAGGCUCAAGAAAGCUGCUACAAAAAUAUAGAAAUUUGA